GGCAACUGCUGAGCCUGUGCACAGCAGAGCAUCUGGUGGGAUACGAGCCAGCCUGGCCCCUCUGUCCUUUGGAGAUGUUGGGACAAGCUCUUGCCCUCAUACUUCUCCUGCUCCCCAAGAGGUACCAGGGCCAAGAAUUCCUAGAUUCUGCUGUCCGUGUGGUUGGACUCUCAGGAAAGCCUCUCCGGUUACAGCCUCUGAGCAUGCAGACAGAGGCAAAUUCUGUUGAAUGGAAGGUGCAGCUGCCGUCAAAGCCAGGACUUUAUUGGAUACUGUCUUGGAAAAAUGGUUCUACGAAAAUCGACUACGAAGAUUGGAUUUUGAAAGAUUUCAAGAAUAGACUCACUUUUACGACUGAGAACUUGACUCUUCUCAUCAAGGCAGCUCAGCAGCAGGACAGCGGCCUCUACAUCCUGGAGGUCACCGAUAGCUCUGGGAAAGUUUGGGGAAGGCAGUUUCAAGUUUCUGUAUUUGAUCAUGUUGAGAAGCCCCGCCUGCAGCGCAAGGUGAAGGCUGUAGACAGAGGGAUGUGCCAGGCAGUUCUGAACUGCUCGGUCUCCAGGGGUGGCAACGUGACCUAUGCUUGGUAUAGAGGGAGUGAGCUGAUCCGCUCGUCGACGAACCUCACCUACCUGGAGCAGCAGAUUGAUGUCAAUGGCUCGCACACAUAUACCUGCAAUGUCAGCAAUCCUGUCAGCUGGGCAUCCGACACCCUCACCCUCACCCUCACUCAGGACUGUCAGAGUGCCUAUCAGAAAUCCAUCCCUCUGCUCUAUUUGGUGAUCACCAUGAUUCUGCUACUCGCUCUGUUCCUCGGCACCCUCAGCUGCUUCUGUGUGUGGAGGAGGAAGAGGAAACAGUCACAGGCCAGCCCAGCGGAAUUCUUGACAAUUUAUGAAGAUGUCAACAACCUGCAAAUCAAGAGAAAUCAGGAACAGCAGCAGAAUUCCUCCAGAGAAGGGAACACCAUCUACUCCAUGAUCCAGUCCCGGUCUCAGCCUUCUGCUUCCACGUCGCAAGAGACUGCAAAUACAUUAUAUUCACUAGUACAGCCUUCCCGGAAGUCUGGAUCCAAGAAGAACCACAACCCUCCCUUGAGUUACACUAUCUAUGAAGAGGUUGGAAAGAGCCAACGCAAAGCCCAGAACCCUGCUCGACUGAGCCGCAAGGAGCUGGAGAACUUUUGUGCAUAUUCCUAGCUGCCACAGCUGCUCUCACCUCUCUUACAUCCCAGCAUGCACUGGGAAUCAGUGCAGUGGAUGAUGCCACAGGAAUCUCUACAGAACAGUUUCUAGUUUGGAGAGGAUAUGGGAGUUUAUUCAUGAUCUCUAUAUAUUUUUCUGAAAAUGAUUUCUUAACAGGCAUUAUAAGGGCAAGGCUGAUAAACAAUAUCUCUCGACGUACAGACUGGACAAGAAUGGGUGGAGAGGUUGGGUAGUUCACAAAAGACCACACAGCAAGUUCAAGUCUGGGUAGUCUUUCAAGUGCUAUGUAAACAUAAGGUGGCGUUAUUAUUAGCAUCAAGAUUGCCUUCUGGUUUUCUAGUUUGUUACUCAUUUCACCUCCUCCCUAAUCCGGGAUGACCACAUUCCUAGACCUUCCCCUUGCCCAGGCCCAUCCUACAAAGAGGAGGGAAAGAUAAUGGUGACGCAGAAGAAGAGGAAUAGCCCCCUCUGUGAAGGUGGACUAACUAGCCGUAAGCCGCUGGCAGGUUCUCCCAGGGGGCUGGUCCUGGGUUUUGCUCAUAUACAGAGGAAAAACUCCCCCGCCAGAUAUUAAACGUCUCCCUUUAGCCAGUUGGUCACAAGGAGGAGUGGACAGGAGCGAGAACAGGUGGUGCAGAGGAAUCCCAUCUUUGAGCGGAAAAAUCACUUGAGCCCAUGCUGUCCUGACAGUUAGGCAGGGAGACCUGCUUGGCCUACUGUGUGACAUUUGAUUUACAAAACCCCAUUGUUAGAAACCUAUUUUGACUUCUUCAUAAAUUCUUCACAAUUAGAAACCAUCUCUUAUUAAGUUCUGUGUCCUGCUGAGUGCUCCCUAUGGCACAUGCUGGAGGGAGGGCUCAGACAACUGAGCAUUUGGGAACUAGACACUAUGCUGGGCUUUCCUGAGUCUUGAGGCCUUUCCACCAGGCUGUGGGGACCAGGCCGAGACUCUGACAGAGCCCAGGAAAGGGACGAGGGUGAACUGGCAGAGGCCCUACUCGGAGAAUCCAACAGGUGAUAUUGCAUG